AUGGCCCUCCACGGACAUUACCUUUCAUUCAUUAUUAUAAUGGUUUCUUUUGUUGCUUGUUGUAGUACAUUUCAAGAGGACCCACUUAGUUCAUUUCUUGAGGGUUCGCCUAAUAUUGAUGAUGGUGCCACAUUCAAGGACUUCAUCAAGCAAAGUACAGAUGUAUUGAGCUUAAAGAGUUUUGACAAGUUGGGUGACAUUUCCUCUUCGCUUAAAACUGUUAGCGUCAAUGAUUAUGGAGCUCAAGGUGAUGGUAAAACUGAUGACACAAAGGCAUUCAUGAAGGCUUGGCAAGUGGCAUGUUCUUCUGGGGGAGCAGUUCUUGUAGUGCCUCAGAAGAAUUAUCUACUCAAGCCGAUCACAUUUUCUGGCCCUUGCAAAUCCAACAUCGCAGUUCAGAUCUCUGGAACAAUUGAAGCAUCAGAUACCCCAUCGGAUUUCAACGAAGAUCCCACACACUGGCUUAUGUUCGACAGUGUUCAGAAACUAUCAGUUAACGGUGGUGGAACCAUCAAUGGAAAUGGAAACACAUGGUGGCAAAACUCAUGCAAAAGGAACAAAAAUCUCCCUUGCAAGGAUGCCCCUACGGCGUUGACUUUCUACAAAUGCAGCAACUUGGUAAUUGAGGAUUUGACGAUAAAAAAUGGGCAACAAAUCCAUGUUACAUUCGAGGACUCCGAGAAUGUUAAAGUUUCUGGUCUCACAGUGACAGCACCAGAGGAUAGCCCAAACACCGAUGGAAUUCAUGUCACAAACACCCAAAACAUUCAAAUCUCAAGCUCCGUCAUAGGAACUGGUGAUGAUUGUAUAUCAGUUGUAAGUGGAACCAGGAAUCUACUAGCCACAGAUAUAACCUGUGGACCUGGCCAUGGUAUCAGCAUCGGAAGCUUAGGGGCUGGGGAGUCCAAGGAAUUUGUUUCAGGAAUAAUGAUUAAAGGAGCAAAGUUUUCUGGAACUACAAAUGGAGUAAGAAUUAAGACAUGGCAGGGAGGGUCAGGAAGUGCAAGCAACAUCCAGUUUCAGAAUAUUCAAAUGGACAAUGUGAGCAACCCCAUAAUAAUAGAUCAGAACUACUGUGACCAAGCGGAACCAUGCAAACAACAGCAAUCUGCAGUUCAGAUUAGGAAUGUGUUGUACCAAAACAUAAAAGGCACAAGUGCUUCUGAUAUGGCUGUGCAAUUUGAUUGCAGCAAGAACUUUCCAUGUCAGGGACUUGUAAUGCAGAACGUAGACUUGCAAUCUAAAAGUGGAGUGGCAAAGGCUUCAUGUGACAGUGUUAAAUUGUCCUACAGAGGAGAUGUUAACCCUCGCUGCCCAUAG